AUGCGCAUACAUGGACCAGAACUCACUGUCAGCCAGGCGGUAUCACUGGGGCUGAUCAUGUGUGCUGCCCCGACCCCCAAGGAGGCCAUUGCGCUCUCUGCAGCGUUGCAAGGAUGCGAGCCGGCCGUCAGGGACCGGUACCACAAGGUCGCCAAGUGGCUGAUCGACAUGGUCCCGUUUCUGUCAAAGAUCCUGCCCCUCCUGAGCAACGAUGCCCAAGUGCUUGCUCUUCUAGGCACCUUUGUGGACUACCAUGUGCACCAGGGGUGUGCGUCCGAUAUUGGAUCAAUCAAGGAGAAUAUGAGCAAGUGGAUCCCCACUAUCAAAGUCCCGCAGAUGGAUGCCCCCCCAGUUGUUGUCAGCCCGAACACGAAGGAAGGCAUAUUUGAUAAAGACCGGGCAAACUGGGGCUGGAACAUGCCGCACAGCUUCCUCGAGGGCCUAAAGAACAGCAACAUCAACAUGGAUCACAAGGGGUUCCUGGCAUUCUGUUACGCGCUCACGGGGAAGGAAGUCAGCUUGGACCCAAAGGAUUUCCUCAAUGGUCUCUUUGAGGGCCUCCUCCUCCUCAGUGCGUACAGGUGCGUAUGGACAAGCCCCGAGUCCUCGAUCAGGCCACCUAGGUGGGGAGGAUGUCGACGUGCUUCAAUCUUGCGAGCCAGUGGGAUCAACACCAUUGACAGCGGUAAAAUCGCAUACAUUGUGUGCCUGGUACGCCACAUUCUCUCUUCGAAGUCAAUGUGGUACCAUCAAAACCCGGCCGUCUUCGACACAGGCCUGUUCUACAAUAGGAUUGUCAAGCUGUUCGAGUAUAAGGCAUUCGCAACUCCUCUCCUCAGGCUAUACCAAAAGUGGGUCUAUGGGACACACUACGCCGUCCAGGAUGCAGCAGACGACGACUCCAAUGAGUUCGACCAAGCCAUGGCCUAUCUCCAGAACAAUGCGACCACCCUCAGCCAGGCCGACACUUUCGAGUACGACACUGCCGUCGCUGCUGCAGACACUGCCGAUGCUUACAAUGCCGCCGCCGCCGCCAAGCUCCUCCACCGCAACACCACUGUCACCCCCUAG